CAACAAUAAACACAUCUGGCCAUACUGAGAAGCAGACAAAGCGGAAUUCAUAUUAAAAUAAAGAAAAAAUAACAAAAUUGUACGGUACGCAGGUCAUCCAUCACAUUUAACAAGCAACCAACCUUUUGUAACAAUAUCGAACUAUGCAUUGAUAUUUGCCAUACGGUAAAGUAUCGCAUCAACAUUCAAGAAACAACUAAAAUUGCCGCGCAAAGGGAGCUCCCAUUUAAGAGAAAGACUUCAAAAGAAACGCCAGCAAAAAUAAAAUAAUAUAGCAAAAAUGAUUAGGCUGUUCUCGCUGAAGCAACAAAUGAAGGAGGGCGAACAAAAGGGUAGCGGUGGCCAGCAAAAGAAAGCCUCGGCUGCCCAACUGCGCAUACAGAAAGAUAUCAGUGAACUGAACCUGCCUAAGACUUGCGUGACAGAAUUUCCAGAUGCCGAUGACUUGCUCAACUUUAAAUUGAUCAUUAGCCCAGAUGAGGGCUUCUACAAGGAUGGACGAUUCGUGUUCAAUUUUCGUGUGGGCUCCAAUUACCCGCAUGAACCGCCCAAAGUCAAGUGCGCGACACUGGUCUAUCACCCCAACAUUGAUCUGGAGGGUAAUGUGUGCUUGAAUAUUUUGCGCGAAGAUUGGAAUCCAGUGCUGACUAUUAAUUCCAUAGUUUAUGGCUUGCAGUUUUUAUUUUUGGAACCCAAUCCGGAGGAUCCUCUUAAUAAAGAGGCGGCUGAUGUUCUACAAAGCAAUCGACGACAAUUUGAGUAUAAUGUGAAGAAGGCCAUGCGUGGUGGCUAUGUGGGCGAAACUUACUUUGAGUGCUGCAUGCCCAAGUGAUAUACAACUUUAUUAAUUUAAGCCACCUCUCCCUGCAACCACUGCUCCUGGUCCUUCUCUCCUAUCCUCUACCCACAACACCACACCGUACUCCUUGCAGAAACAACAAAUUAUUGUAAUAAAUGAAGAAAACAAGAACACGAAGCAAAAGUAAAAAAAAAAUGUUAAAAUGAUUUUCCUUGUUUUGAGAAUUGUUCAUAAUUAUAAAGAAUAUAUCAAAUUAUUGUAAUUUGAUGGAUUUAUAAAAGUCUGAUUUUUAGAUCGUAAUCAACAUGAGUCCACACAACUCUCCAUUAUGGAUAGAUUCUAUUUAAAUAUACAGAGUUCGAUUUGAUUAAA